GCGGCUCUGGAGAAGGGUGAUGCUGCGGCCGCCAAGCUCAAGGCCGACCUCGACGCUUUGGACACCCACCUGAAGCAGAAGGCCGCCGGCGUUGCGCAGUCCGAGGUUGCGGCCGCCGAGCGCCUCGGGAAGUGCGAGGCCCUCGAGGCGCGCCUGGCCGCGCGGGAGGCGGCGGCCGCGGAGGCCGAGGCGGCUGCGGACGAGGCGCGACGCGCGGCCGCGCGGGCCGGAGCUGAGCUGGCGGCGCUUGAGGCGCAGCUGUCGAAGCGGGAGGGCGCGCUGAGCAAGGCCGAAGCGGCGGCGGCGAAGCGCAGGGCGGAGCUGGACGCUCUCGAGGCCGCUGCGGCCCAGAAGGCCGCCGGCGCGGCGGAAGCGGCCGCGGCGGCGGCGAAGGCGGCAGGGGAGGCGGGGGCGCUGCGGGCGCGGCUCGCGGCGCGGGAGGCCGACGUGUCAAAGGCCGAGGCGGCGGCGGCGGAGGCGGGCCGGGCGGCCGCCAGGGUGACAGCCGAGCUGGAGGCCCGCGCCGCUGAGCUGGCGGGCCGGGAGGGCGCGUCGGCCAAGGCCGAGGCGGCGGCCCAUAAGCGCGCGGCCGCGCUGGACGCGCUCGCCGCGCAGCUGAAGCAGCGGACCGCGGCGGCGGCCAAGUUGGACGAGGAGGGGGCGCGCCGCAAGGCGGGCUUGGAUGCGCUUGAGGCCGAGCUGGCUGCGCUCGAGGCGCAGCUGUCGGAGCGGGAGGGCGCUCUGAGCAAGGCCGAGGCGGCGGUCGCGCAGCGCAGGGCUGAGCUGGACGCUCUCGAAACCGCGGUGAACCAGAAGGCAGCCGGCGUUGCCGCGGCCGAGGAGGUGGCAAGCAAGCAGCGGCAGGAGUGCGGCGCGCUUGCCGCGCGGCUCGCAGCCCGCGAGGCCGGGGUCGCCGAGGCGGCCGCGGCGGCGGCUGCGGCGCAGGCGGCGGCCGCGCAGGCCGGCGCCGAGCUGGCGGCGCUCGAGGCGCAGCUGGCGAAGCGGGAGGGCGCGCUGAGCAAGGCCGAGGCGGCGGCGGCGAAGCGCAAAGCUGAGCUGGACGCUCUUGAGACGGCGGUCAAGCAGAGGGCUGCCGGUGUUGCGGCGGCCGAGGAGGAGCUUUCAAAGCGCGCCGCGGCGGCCGACGCUCUCACCGCAGACUCCGCCGCCCGUGCGGCCGCCGCAGCCGCCGCGGAAGCGGCGGCGGCGGCCGCGGGCCAGGCGGCCGCGAAGGGGCAGGCCGAGCUGGCGGCGCUCGCGGCCGCGUUGGAGGGGCGCGAGGCAGAGGUGGCAAAGUCCGAGGCGCAGGCGGCCACGCGCAGGGCGGAGCUCGACGCCCUCGGCAGCGAGCUGCAGUCUCUGGGCGCCGCACUCGCGGAAGGCGAGCGGGCGGCCGCGCGGCGCCGCGCCGAGCUGGACGCGCUCGCCGAAGACGUGAAGCUGCGCGCCGCGGCGGCGGCGGAGGCGGGGGCGGCGGCGGAGGAGGGGAGGGCCGAGCUGGCGGCGUUGGCGGAGAGGCUCGGCGCGAGGGAGGCGGAAGUCGCAGAGGCGCAGCUCGCUGCUGCAGCGGCUCAGAGGGAGGCUGCCGCCGAGAGCGCCGCGGCGGCGGCCGCGCAGGUCGCGCUCGCGGCGGCCCAGGAGGAGCUUGAGAAGGGCCGCGCGGCGCUGACCGCCGCGCAGGACGAUCUGGUCAACGGCAGGGUUGACCUGCAGCGCGCGGCGCGGGCGCUGGAGGCCGAGCGGGCGGCGCUGGCGGUGCAGCAGCGGGGCGCGGCGGCGGCGGCGGCGGCGCUCGACGAGCGGGCCGCCCAACUGGACGAGCAGGACGCGCAGCUGGCGGCCGCUGAGGUGGCGCUCCGCAAGCGCGAGGCGGACGUGCGGCGCAUCGAGGGCUCUGCCCAGCGGCGCGCGAGCGCCGUCCAGGUCCAAGAGAGCGCCCUUGAGGGCCGAGGCGCAGAGGGCGGCGCCAUCGUUGCUGCCGCCGACGCGGAUCAGGUGCGCGCAGAGGGCGCAGCGACCACUCCCCAGGACCGGGCCUCGGCCGCCCCGCCUGGGCGCUUCGCUUGCCUGCUGGCUCGCCUGCUCAACGCUUGCUUGGGCUGGGGCUUUUGA